GGGGGGGGGGGGGAAUUGUAAGUCGAAAAAAAUUGUAAGUCGAAAAAAAUUGUAAGUCGAAUCCCAUAGGAAUGCAUUGGGAGAAAAAAUUCGUAAGUCGAAGCAACCCUAUAUAAAAAUUCGUAAGUAGAAAGAAACCUAUCUAAACCGCAUCCAAGAUGGCGGACGGAGCUCCAUUUGUAAGUAGAAACAUUCGUAAGUAGAGUUAUUCGUAAGUAGAGGUACCACUGUACUUUCCAUUGGAAAGUUCGCUUAAGGUUAAGUACGCUUCAGUUUAAGUAUGGACUUCCGGAACCAAUUACACUCAUACCUCGGGUUAAGUACGCUUCAGGUUGAGUAUUCCGCGGACCCGUCUGGAACGGAUUAAUCCACUUUCAUUACUUUCAAUGGGAAAGUUCGCUUCAGCUUACGCACGCUUCAGGUUAAGUACAGACUUCCGGAACCAAUUGUGUACUUAAACCGAGGUACUGACUAGUGAUUUAAAUCAAAUCCACCCUGCUCCCAUAUAAAGGAUGAAAUUUCCCCCCUCCCCUGCAGGGACCACUUGAGAGCUACUCCCUUGGUUGAAGUGCAGCCCAGUUUCUGCCUCCUUAUCCUCCAUCUCCUUCCAAAGGCAGCGAAGUGGCGUCAUAGGCGCAACCUGGACCUUCUUCGCUUAGGGGAGGAGUGGAAAGAGGGGCCAUGCAGCGCCCACAGGGUCUGGUCACCUUUGAGGAGGUGGCCGUGCAUUUCACGGAGGAGGAGUGUGCUCUGCUGGAUCCAAGCCAAAGAGCUCUGAACAGGGAAGUCAUGGAGGAGAUUUACGAGGCAGUGACCUCUCUGGAAUCAGACCACAGUUCGUACUGGGAAGAAAGGCAAGAGCAGCUUCUCCAGGAUGACAAAGAAGGGGAGACAUCAGCCGGCAGUGGGCAGAACAAUGAGAAUUGUGGGGAGACAUCGUCAGAAAACUCAGAGCACGAAGCAUCAAAAGAAAUGUCUGUAAAUCAAAUAGAAACCCCAUAUCGUGAAAGAAACAGGUCAAAGAAAGCGAAAAAGAAACCCCCCAGUUCUCAGGACCCUGAUGUCCAUGAACUCCUCAUCUCAAAGGAAGAUCACAAAGAAAACAAAUGUACAGAGUGUGGUGAAAUAUUUAGAUAUAAAUCACAAUUAAAAAUGCAUUGCCGAGCUCAUGGGAUUCAUGGAGAGGUGAAACCAUUUAAAUGUACGGUGUGUGGAAAGAGCUUCAGCCAUGGCGGAAGCCUUAGCAUGCAUCAGAGAAUCCACACAGGGGAGAAACCAUUCAAAUGUACCGAGUGCGGAAAAAGUUUCACUGGAAGUGGUGACCUUUCUAAACAUCAGAGAAUCCACACAAGGGAGAAACCGUUCAGAUGCGUGGAGUGUGGAAAAUGCUUUAGUCAGAGCGCUCACCUUACUUUACAUGAAAGAACACAUACAGGGGAGAAACCGUUUCGGUGUACCGAGUGUGGAAAAGGCUUCACUGGAAGCGGUGACCUUUCUAAGCAUCUCAGAAUCCACACAAGGGAGAAACCCUUCAAAUGCAUGGAGUGUGGAAAGAGCUUUACUCAAAGAGCUCACCUUACUUUUCAUCAGAGAACAUACACAGGGGAGAAACCGUUUCAGUGUCUGGAGUGCGGAAAGAGUUUCACUGGGGGUGGUGGCCUUAUCAAGCAUCAAAUAAUCCACACAAGGGAAAAACCGUUCCUAUGCAAGGAGUGUGGAAAACGGUUUCUUCAUAAUGCUCACCUUAUUUUACAUCAAAGAACACACACGGGGGAGAAACCGUUUAAAUGUACGGAGUGUGGAAAAAGCUUCUGUGGGGUUGGUGACCUUACUAAGCAUAAAAGAAUCCACACAAAGGAAAAACCGUUCCUGUGCAAGGAGUGUGGAAAGAGCUUUAGUCAAAGUGCUCACCUUACUUUACAUCAAAGAACACACACAGGGGAGAAACCGUUUAAAUGCACAGAGUGCGGAAAGAGCUUCAGUGGGAAUGGUGAUCUUACUAGGCAUCGAAGAAUCCACACAAAGAAGAAACCAUAGAAUUAUAAAAUCAUAGAACCACUUCUUUCUAUUUUGGGCUGCAGCUCCUUCCUUUGCUUAUUUUGUUGUCACCAGGUUUGGCGCUGCUUUCUUUUGGGGUGAAGACAGAGGCAAAGUUGGUGUUGAGCAGCUCUGCCUUCCCUUCGUCACUCAAUAAUAUUUCUCAGUCUCCUCCACAUGGAGGACCUACCACUUGCUUGUUCUUCCUCUUGCUUUGAACAUAGCGGAAGAAACCUUUAUUAUUAUGUUUAGCUCUCUUGCAAGCCUGAGCUUUAGCCCGCCUGACAUUCACCCUGCAGCUUCCAUUUCUUAUACAUGCCCUUGUUAAUUCUCAGCUGAUCUCUAAGCCAUACCAGUUUCUUUAAGACGCCUCCCACGUUUCUGUCUUGUUUGGAUUGUCUGCAUUUGGGCAUUCAGUAUUUCACCUUUAAGAAACUCCCAUCCACUUUAGACUCCCUUCCUCUUGGAGUAUUUCUGACCAUGGGAGCUCCUUAAGCUUUUGGAAAUGGGCCUCCUUAAAGUCCAGAGUGCAUGUCUGACUACACUUGUGUAUCAUGAAACCCAGGAGGACAUGAUCACUUCCAAGUUUCCCAGUACUUCAACCAGUUCCUCUCUGUUGGUGAGCAUCCGUUCCAAGAUAGACGAUCUCUCCUUGUUGCUCCUUCCAUCUUCUGGGAAAUGAAAUAGUCAGCAAGGCAAUGGGUGAAUUUAUUGGAAGAAUUUGAGUUCCAACAAAGAAAGGCAAUUGAAAAAAACUCUACACAACGGAUGCUUCUAAUGGUUUCCCCAAAUUCCGCUGACAGUGCAACUUAUACUGCCUUAUUCAAACUUAUACUCUUAUUCAAACACUUCAUGGCAAGAAUCUUUAGGACUUAGUAGAGCAGCUUUUUGCUCCUGUGACCUGCAAACGAGAUGCAUAGUCAAACAGCAGCUUCUGGCAGCUGAAGAAUCUUAGGCCAUUCCUCAUGAGCAAUGGCCUCCAGUUCAGUAAUAUUCUUGGGUUUGCAUGCUGAAACCGCCCUUUUCAAAUCCCACCAGAGGUUUUCAAGUAGGGUGACUGUGAUGGCCACCUUCCAGGACUUCUGCAACCAAAGUCUUGGUGGGAUUUUUGCUUAAGUCAAACCCUUCCUGACAGCACCACUUGCAUGACCAGUGGUUUAUUUCCAGUAUUUUCCUCUCUCCCUGGGCUACAACCCUCAACAGGAAGAAAUUAUGAACACACCACAUGUGCCCAAAAGCCCUUCAGCUUCCUGCCCAGAGUCCCUUGUUAGACGUUGAAGGCUGUGUGUGGCGGUAUUGUGAAUCAGAAGGAAUUCUCUUUCACCUCUGCAGAGUGGCAGAAUUGUAUUCACUAUGGCUGCUCCCACAUCAACAAAAUACAGGCACAUCCAACACGUAGAUUGUGAUCUACCAGUAGAUCACUGGACGUCUGUGGCAGAUCACUGGCUCCCCCCCAAAGAAGCUCAACAAGUUUGGCUGCCCUAAAAGAACCUCAUCAUUUUUGCCCUGCACCCCUAAAAAUGUGGCUUUCCCCCCUCUCUAAAAAAAGUUCAACAACUUUGUCCUGAACCACUAAAAAGGAAGUAGAUCACUGCCAGUUUUUAACUGUGAGUAGAUCACAGUCUCUUGGGAGUUGGCAACCCUUGAACAAAAACAAGCAGCUCUAAUGUUUUUAGACGCUGAGAAAGUAUUUGAUAAUGUUUCCUGGGAUUUUUUGUUCAAAGUUUUAGAAUAUAUGAGUUGUUGGAGCAUCUGAAGGGUUUAGAAUGAGUCCUCUAAGUCAGUCAUCUCCUCCUCUAGUGUGUGUGGCAGAAAUCAUUCUGGGCACGACCUUUUGGAGCCACUUUGGUGUAUUCUGAGGUCAGCAGUUGCUGUCCUAGCUCCUCUGGCCCAGAAACGGUGUCUGAGGUGAGGCCAUGGAACUGAUUUUGUGCAUACCUCCAGCGUCUUGUCUCCUGCAAUGGGUGAUCUUCCACCUCUGUAGGGGCACCUAUCCGAGUUGGUGUUCCAGCACAGUCCACUCAGCUCUGUCAAGGGACUCCACAUCUUGGCCCGAAGCUCAAAGUCUGGCAACUAGGUGGGCCUCAAAUUGCUGUACCUUCUCUUCCAACAAGGCAACCAAUUUGCGCUUGUUGCAGGUGUGCUUUUGCACAUUCUCGGGCAGGAAGAUAAACGUGGCACAGGUAUGGCAAGUCCUUGUAGCAGAUCCCUCACCUUCCUAUGCCCCAUACACAUUCUGAGACAGCGCUGCAAGCCUCGCCCUCAAAUCCCCCACCAAACGCCUUCACAAAUCCCCCUCCCGUUCACAAGCUCCUGGAAGCUGCAAUCGGCUAAGUAUAUAUGAUGCUGGUUUCUCCUUCCCUCAACUUCCUCCUCCAACGUGGCUUCCUCUCAGCAGUAGCUUCUCCUCCUCGGACCGUGGGCUCUAGCAGAGCACACAGCUACAAACCAGCUCACCCUCAAGCCUCCAAACAGCUCAAACAACCAUCUGUUUUGUUUUGUUUUAACAUGUUUUAUUAAAGAUUUCUUGGUUGACAAAAGUGUGUGCAAUGUCUUUUUUUUCCAAGAUACAUUUCCUACAGAUCAGUUUCAUUUGUGGAGACAUUAGUGUUGCAUUAGG